CCAGACUGGCGCUUCAUGUCUAUCUCGCUACAAGGCUGUCGUCUAAUUCUACAGAUAAUGAUAGUCCCCACGUCGAUUGCUGACGAAUCGGCCACUGGUCGCCAGCCCACUCGCUGGACAUAUGGGCCGCUGCCCGAAGUAUUUUGCGCCCCGGCGCACAAUGGCGGUCCUGGUGUAUGGACACACUAUGCUAUUACCUUCAGCCGCAACGAGCCGAGCCCGCUGAUCCGACUCUUAAUCGACGGUCAAGAUCUCGGCUCUGCUGAAUAUCCAAUUGAAGAAUUGCUUCCCACUCGGAUAUUCUUUAAUCCAUACACCAUGGUAGCCAAACCCCGUAUCACGUUUGGAGCCUGCUACAAUCCUGAAACCAGGCUGGCCAAGGAAUUUUUGAAUGGAGAGCUUUCCGGUGUCAUGUUGCUCAUGACGAGGACAGAACCGGCCAACAAUUUGCGAUGCAUAUCUCAGUGCGGAGAAUCUCUUCUUUUGCCAGAUGCAAUGAAGGUAAACAAUACAGCAGUUUUGUAG